CCUCUUAAAUUCUUCUUAACUGCGUUCGAGAAUGAGGCCCAAUGAGGCUAAACCUUGUUCUUGUCUAUCUGUCCUGCAGUCUCAAAUGAUAAGCAUUCAAGAGUUGUCUUUACACCAUUACAGAGAGAAAGAAAAUCUACUGUUUGAAGGAUGUAGUCAACAGGAUAUGUCAGCUACCACUCCCAAUGUUCAAUGUUGAAAUGUAUUCAGCUUACUCAUUGAUUUGGCCCCCUCUUAAAUAGGCCACAUCCUUGACUGUGUCACUUUCAGUCUUGGCUCUUGAAGCACAAGUUCACACACGGACAGCCUGUGCAGGUAGACGUGCUACGAUGAGGACAACGCCACUGGGGAUUGUUCUGGUCAUCCUUCAUGUCACAUUGUGUUCCAGCCAAUCAGAGAGCAAUUUUUUGAUGUAUGACAAGAAUGUAAACAAAUGCCUAAAAGGCUACCAGCCUCUGAAGCUGUUCUACUGUGAUUCCAACCAACUGAGCCAGCAGUUCCGCUGGACAUCCAACGACCGCAUCCUUAAUGUUCAUCUGAAGAAGUGCCUGGGAGCUGGGAGCACAGCAGAUGGUUCUGGCCUACAGUGGCUCAUUUGUGAUGACACAAGUCAACUCCAAAAGUGGGAAUGCAAGAAUGACACGCUGUUAAAUCUGAAGGGGACAAAUCUUUUCUUAUCCCAAGAUGAAAACAGCAUCCUGAAACUCACCCAAGACAUUGGAGCUGCUAGUCAGUGGCUAACACAUGGCACUACAGAGGGGCUUUGCUCACGGCCAUACCAAGAACUGUACACAAUCGGAGGCAAUGCCUUUGGUCGCCCAUGCCAUUUUCCCUUCCAGUACAAGGGGAUAUGGUACUCAGACUGUUCGCUCUUGGAAUCAGAUGAGCCGUGGUGUUCACCGGACAGAGACUACCAGGACAUGUGGGGCUUCUGCCCUACUAAAUCAACUGAAAAUAAGCUCUGGAAGAAGAAUCAACUGACAGGCGUCUUUUACCAGUUGAAUGUCGGCUCUGCACUGACUUGGCACCAAGCUAGGAGGAGCUGCCAGCAGCAGGAUUCAGACCUGCUGAGUAUCACUGAGCCCCAGGAGCAAAGCUACCUAUCAGGGAUCACAACUGGAACUCAAACUACUUUUUGGAUUGGGCUAAACCAACUAGACAGUGAGAGCGGAUGGCAGUGGGCAGAUGGACAUCCACUUCGUUACUUGAGAUGGGGAUCAGGCCAGCCAAACCCAGCCCUAGGAUGGUUCUGUGGUUCCUUAAACACUAUGCAGUCUUAUCACUGGGAAAACAAGUUGUGCUCAAAAAAGCACGGAUAUAUCUGCCAGAAAAGGACCACAGAUGCUGCUACUGCUACUCCAGGUCCACCAGCUUCUUGCAGUGCUCCAUGGGUGCCAUACGCAGAUCACUGCUAUUUUUUGAAUCGUACAAAGAAGACAUGGAAGGAUGCCAGCAUUCAGUGUAUGAGGACUGGAGGACACUUAGUGAGCGUUCAUGACGUAGAGGAGCAAAGCUUUGUCCUCUCACAGCUGGGAUACAUGGAGACAGAUAAGCUGUGGGUCGGUCUGAAUGACCAAAAGACACAACUACUGUUUGAGUGGAGCGAUCAGUCUCCCGUCACCUUCACCACGUGGGACACCCAGGAGCCAUCUCACCACCGCACGGAAGAGGAGGACUGUGUCCUGAUGGGGGGGAAAGAUGGAAAGUGGUCCGAUUCAAACUGUGGAGAAAAUAAUGGGUUCGUCUGUAAAAGGGCUGGGGACUCCAACCCUGCCUCUGGAUCCAAGACUGAGAACACUGGCUGCAAAGCUGCAUGGACCAGGUAUGGCUACAACUGCUACUUAGUUGGAUCAACAACAAAGACAUUUGAUGAGGCAAAAAAGAGUUGCCAAGAAAGUGGCGCCCACUUGAUUGAUAUACCAAACAGGGUGGAGAAUGCCUUCCUCAUCAGUCUGGUGGGAGCCAGACCAGAGAAACACUUCUGGAUUGGGCUGUCUAACCAAAGAGACAGUUACACAUUUGAAUGGACCAACACGCCGAUGGUCCCCUACACUCACUGGAAUGCUCGUAUGCCAGGGCAAAACCAGGGUUGUGUCGCCAUGACAACUGGGACUUUGGCAGGACUGUGGGAUGUGCUGAGCUGCUCCAACAAGGAGAAAUACAUCUGCAGACAGCAGGCUGAGGGAGUGGUGACUACCCCAGCCCCACCUACCUCACCUCCUCCCAGCUGUGCAGAAGGCUGGAAUCCCCUGGGAGCUCGACCCUUCUGUUACAAGCUCUUUCUCAUGAGAUCUAAAGAAGAGAGGACCUGGUUUGAAGCUUUACAUUUCUGUAGAUCCAUUGGAGGGGAUCUGAUGAGUAUUCAUAGUCAUCUGGACGAUCCCAAAACUCGAUAUCACUUUCAUUCUGCAUGGAUUGGUUACAGUGCUCAGGAUCCUAAUGUUGGCUACACAUGGUCUGAUGGCUCGUCGUCCUCCUACACAAAGUGGAUGAGUGGAGAACCAAAUAACAGAAACAAUAUGGAGAACUGUGCUGGGAUUAGUUCACAAGACACGAUUGAUUGGAAUGAUUUUGCCUGUGAAAAGAAAAUGGAUUUCUAUUGUGAGAUACGUAAAGGAGUAACCCCUGGGGUACCCAACGCUACCAUUCCACAAUAUAAUGUCACAGAAGAUGGAUGGAUAGAAUACAGCGGUCAUCAGUAUUAUAUCAGUGACCGCGCAAUGCAAAUGGAAGAUGCUAGAAAAUUUUGCAAAAAGGGACAUGGGGACCUUGUUGUAAUCAACAGUGAAGCAGAAAGGUUAUUUCUGUGGAAACAGACACAAACGGAAGAUGAUGACUUUUACAUCGGAUUAAGGAUAGAUCUGGAUAAAAACACAGAGUGGAUGGAUGGGACUCCAGUGGCUUUUGAAGGUUGGGAUGAAGACCAACCACUCUUUGUGGUCAAUGAUGAGACCUGUGUGAAAAUGAGUAAUUCUUUUGGUCUCUGGUUUGUCACAAAUUGUGGGAGACGUCAUGAAUUCAUCUGUGAGCGUCAUGAAGCUCCUGCUGUAAAUGCUACUCUGGCUCCUACUGAGGUCUCUAAGGGAGGCUGCGCUCCUGACUGGACGAAGUACAAACAACACUGCUACAAGACUCAGUUUGAGAAGAAAAACUGGACGGAUGCAAUGUCAUUCUGCAAAGCAGUGGGUGGAAAUCUGGUAUCAGUUCUAAGCAAAGAUGAACAAGCAUUUCUGACAACCAUGACCGCAGAUGCCCAACAACAUUUGUGGAUUGGCUUGCACCGCCUCACAGAUUGGAGCCCUGUGUGGAGUGAAGGAAAAAUGCUCACAUUCAGAAACUUCCUAAAGAGUCAUUCUUGGACUUGGGAAGGUGAAUGUUUUGCAAUGAUUACCAACUCCAGAACUUCUGUUGGAAAGUGGACGACCUACGAAUGCUCUCAAAAUAUGGGAUUUAUCUGCAAACGACCCACCGAUAAUCAAAUCAUCCCACAGACAACAGUGCUCCCCCUGUCAUACGUGGAGUUUGGGAAUGACUCCUUAAAGGUGGAGCCAAACAAUGCGACCUGGUGGGAGGCCAAGAGAAGGUGUGAGGCAGACGGAGCCCAGCUGGCCAGCAUUCGUGAUGGCAUCACCCAGGCCUACAUAGAGCUGCAGAUCAACAAACUCAAGCAACCCGUGUGGAUUGGACUCAAUAAAAAUGAGACUGAUGGUUACUUUAGAUGGAUUGAUCAUUGGCGGCUGAACAGGGAGAACUGGAAAUAUUCAGAACCCAAAAGCCAAUUUCCUUGUGUCUAUGUGGAUCUGACUGGAGGCUGGCAAACUGCUCCAUGCAAUCUUUCCCUUCCCAGUGUGUGCAAGCACUCAACGGACAUUGCUCCAACGCCUCACCCUCAGUAUCCUGGUCUGUGUCCAGAGUCAUGGUUGCCUUUUAAGGGCCAUUGCUACUUCCUGUCAUCUAAAGAAAAAGGCUGGCCAGAAGCUUCUACAGCCUGUACUAUAUUGGGAGCGUCUUUGCUCAGCAUUGAAAGUUCUGAAGAGGCCAAGUUUAUAAACAGUCUUCUGGAGAUGGUGCAGGACACCUAUGAAGCUGUCUGGAUGGGCCUUUACAGAAACCUCAAAGGUCAGUGGCACUGGCUGGACAGGAGUGUAGUGGACUAUACCAACUGGGCUGAAGGUCAACCACGUGAAGGGAGUCAUGUCUUGAUAUAUGCUGUGAUCUCUACAUCAGACUUGAAAUGGAGGAGUGCUUGGAAGUACCCGUACUAUCCAUAUAUCUGCAAAAAGCCCAAAGAUCCAUUGCCUACAGUGUCUACACAUGAAAUCCCUGUUCUGGAGGUUCACCGUUUGUAUACAGGGCUGGUUGUUGCCAUUAUGAUUGCUUUCACUGUGAUGGGAUUCGCUGCUUUUUUCUACUACAAAGGCCGUAAACCAGUUCUACCCAGAAUGCCUGCCUUUGAGAAUCCAUUGUACUUCAAGUCCUCUAAGCAAGAUAUUCCUGAUGACAAGAAUUUAAUAGACAACAUAGAGAUAGAUCCAUGUGCAUCAUAAAUAAAUAAUGAAUCAAUGAAUCAACUGU